UUGUUUGUUUGUUUGUUUGAUCUUCUAUUUCCUCUCUUUGCUUCUGUUUGCUCCCCUCCAGACCCAACUGGAGAAUUCAAUAGUCUAUGAUUUUUGUUGUUCUCCCUAAAAACCUCAGGGUGGAACUGAGGCUGUCUCUCAGGUGCCGCCCAGCUGAGCAGGUAGCUUUGAGCCCUUUGUGCUCUCCGCCCAGCAUGGAGCUGAACAUUCACACAGUUCACACCUAGGGCUCCUGGCACUGUUGAAUGCUGCACGCAGCCUGAGAUCCAUCACAGCCCCUUUCCUCACCUGGGGCUCAGGGCUAAUCUUGUAAACUCUUACUUCCUAUCCCUCCACCCCGCCUCACCCCACCCCAACCGACCCAAAAAAAACGAAGGUAGUUAACAGCUGACACUGUCAGGCACUGAAAUAAACAAGCCGAGCUAGAGAAUUCUUGGAUUGCAUUGAAACACAGGAAGACCCAGUACUCACAGGCUAAGGCUCACAGACAGUAGCCAAGAUAGAGAGCUGGGAUAAGGCUGAGGGUAGAGGAGGUUAGUAUUGCCUUUCAAAGGAUCAGAGCCUGCCAUCUACAGACACAAGCGUUUAUGUUGUGUGACAGAACUAGCCUUCCCAGCUUCCCAUCCAUCACCCACCUCUGAAUCUAGAGAAGAGAUUUGAGGUUUCUACACAGUGCCUGGAGCGGCUCUUAACUGAGUCUCUAACACUCUGGCUCAAGGGAGACUAAUGAUCACUGAGUCUCUACUUCAGUCUCAUGUCUGGAAAAGCAACCAUGUGGGUAGUUGAACCAAACUCUGCUACCUGCCUUUCUGCUGCCCCGCCGGUCAAGAGACACUGCCAAGAAUCCAGCAACGUGGAAUCACCACUGAUGCCCGAGGACUCGGAGCCACAGCAGAUCACCAGCAGUGCAGCAGGCAGCCUGGCUGGCUCCAUCACGGCCUGUAAGAAGGUUCUUCGAAGCAAUAGCUUGCUGGAGUCCACAGACUACUGGUUGCAGAACCAGAGGACGCCUUGCCAGAUUGGGUUUGUGGAAGACGAGUCUGAAAACUGUGCUUCUGUCUGCUUUGUGAACCUGGAUGUCAACAAGGAUGGCUGCAGCACAGAGAACCUGCAGCAGAAACUGGUCAACGUUUCACCAGACCUUCCAAAACUCAUCAACUCCAUGAAUGUCCAGAAGCCAAAAGAAAAUGAAAUUGUCCUCCUAAGUGGGCUAGCCUCUGGAAACCGCCAGGCAGAUUUUGAUGUUUCACAGUGCCCUUGGCUACCAGAUAUCUGCUUGGUCCAGUGCGCAAGAGGGAACAGACCAAACAGUACCAACUGCAUCAUCUUUGAGAUCAACAAGUUCUUAAUUGGUCUGGAAGUGGUGCAGGAGCGACAGCUCCACCUGGAGACCAGCGUGUUGAAGCUGGAGGAUGAUACAAACUGUUCCCUGUCUUCGAUUGAAGAAGAUUUCCUUACAGCCUCAGAGCAUUUGGAGGAAGAAAUCGAGGUGGAAGACUGCAAAAGUGGUUUGGAAACUAUAAAUGUGUCAGCUAACGUUCUGGAAAGCAAAAGGCCAAAGGAAGCUACCCAGGAAGGAUGGGAUUACCACAAGGAAAUAUUGCAUUGUGCUUUAGGUGAAAAACACAUCAGAAAACACCGUAUGCCCUCAAUGAAAACAGAAAGGUCAAAGGAAAACACAGCAGAGAACACAGCCCUGCAAAGUCUCAAUCCUUCAGCCAGACCAUCACGCUUGAAAAGUGAAGUGGCGGGGAGCAAGCAGCCAGCCACGAACUACUCUUACCCCGAAAAUAUCAGAGGAGAAAUAGAAACAUCUCAGAUGCUGUUCAUCCCCAGGGAUGCCUAUCUCUCCAUGGUUUCUUCAUGUGGUGUACUCACUGAGCAGGGAAGCAACCACAGAGACCAUGACGCCACUCCAAACUCCCUUCCUCCCGUUCAAAAUGGAGAAGCCACCGCGGGCGAGUACGCUACCAACUUAGCAGAAUCUGUAAUGCAAGAUGCCUUCAUCCGAUUGUCUCAGUCGCAACCUACACUCCCCCAGGAAUCUGCAGUCAGUUUCUCUGUGGGAAGCGCUCUGCUCCCCAGUGGUUGUUGCACCAAAGAUAUGGUGGUCCCUCGUUCAUGGAAUGAGCUUCCUAAAAUUGUCAUCGUGCAGAGCCCAGAGGGCAGCGACACAGCCCCUGAGCCAAGUGUCUCCUCCUGGCCCGACCUGGAAGUGUCUGUCGAGACCCCGGGCAUCUUUUCUGAAGAGAGCUCCAGCAGACCCACUCAGAGUGCCCUAGAAGUUGCUUUGGCUUGUGCAGCCACUGUGAUUGGAACCACUUCCAGUCCACAGGCCACAGAAAGAUUCACCAUGGAGCAAGAAUCUCUGGUAUCUACCUACACCCAGAGAGGCAAUGGGAUACAGCAAACUCCAGUGCCCAGAGUAUUCAUGGGACCUUCUACAACUGAAUACUCCUUCCCAUCAGCUCUGUGUGGCAUGACCCAAGUGGCAAGCGCUGUUGCUGUCUGUGGCCUAGGGGAAAGAGAAGAGGUGACAUAUUCUGUAGCUCCAAGUGACCUCCUGCCCACACCUGGGGCUUCUGAAGAAAGAUCCUCCAUUGGAAGUUUAGUGACAGAGGAAAGCACAGAACUGGGGAAGGAAGCCAUUGCAGAGGCUCUGCUCAGGGAGGCUACUCUGGUUUUAGCGAGGCCGAAUGCAUACAGCAGCGUCGGAGAGCUCUUGGAAUCUGUGAACCGGAGGAUCAUAGAAACCACUUCUAAAACCCAGAUGCUGUGCACAGAAAAUGUUCGAAGGAAUGAACUGGCACACACCUUGUCCAAUGUCAUCCUCAAGCAUUCCAUUGAUGAGCUGCACCAGAAAAAUAUCAUGGCUCACCCCACCGAGGAAAGGCAUCCCGGUGGGACUCUGAACACCUUAAUGGAAAGUGUGAACCAGUUGCUGCACAACGUGAUGUGCUUCACCUUCAGAAAGAUGAAUCACAUCGUAACACUGGGUGAGCAUCCCGCUGGCCUUUCUAAGGAGACUGUCACUUGGACAGAGUCAGGGCCCUUAGGUUGCCAGUCAUUUGAUAAGGCUGCUGGUCAUGCAUGGGUUAAAGCCUCGGCUUGCUCCAGCAGCCAUCCCUCUAGCAAUGCACACGGUACUGGCCUUGUCAUCAGAGAUCUUGUAGAAGAUGCAUCUCCUAAGCCAGACAAGGGAGGAGCAAGGCCAGAACUGGUCAACAACCCCAGGCUGCAAUCUGAAUUCUCAUGCAGUCACAGAAUGCUUGAUUCAACUGCUAGGACAUUCCCCAAGGAAAUGUAUCCAAAAGGGAUUGUGGGAGAGGAUACAAGAAACCCUCUUCAUACACUAAGUUAUGACAGCAGUGAACAAAGAACUUCUACAGAUAUAGGAAAAUUAACAACAGUAGGAGAGGUCCGUAGUACCUUCCAGGAAUCUGAAGACAGCAUUGUUCCAAAAGCCCAAGAGAAACACACUUGUGCCACAACUCUAAACAACGAAGCUCAAAUUAACCUAUCCUUGUUAGGGGAUGACCUAGUGGUUCCUGAUCAAUCUACACUAGAGGCAAAGCAGUCCGAGGUCUAUGGCAUCACAAACUUUGCGGAAGAAUUGGCAGAGACUGUUGUCUCCAUGGCAACUGAAAUCGCAGCAAUCUGCCUUGACAACUCCCAUGGAAAACAGCCGUGGUUUUGUGCUUGGAAGAGAGGGAACGAAUUUCUGAUGACGCCUAACGCAUCCUGCCGAUCCUUGAAGAGGAAGAAGGAAAACUCGGGCACGGGAAGCACUGUGAGGAAACACAAGCCACCUCGCCUCAGUGAGAUCAAGAGAAAAGCAGAUGAGCACCCAGAGCUGAAAGAGAAGCUGAUGAACAGAGUCAUGGAUGAGUCCAUGAACCUCGAAGACAUUCCCGAUUCCGUCAGUACUUUUGCAAAUGAAGUGGCAGCCAAGAUCAUGAACCUAACAGAAUUCUCCACGGUGGAUGGAGUGUGGCAAACCCAGAGUUGUUCCCGGAAUCGGCUUCUGGGUGGUGAUAGGUGGAACCGGCUGAAGGCCUCGAGCUGUGAAAGUAUUCCGGAGGAGGACUCUGAAGCCAGGGUCUUUGUAAACAGCCUGGGUUUAAUGAGUACCUUAAGCCAACCCGUUAGCAGGGCCAGCUCAGUCUCCAAACAGUCCAGCUGUGAGAGCAUCACCGAUGAGUUUUCCAGGUUCAUGGUGAAACAGAUGGAAAACGAAGGGAGGGGGUUCGAGUUGCUGCUGGAUUACUACGCUGGCAAAAAUGCCAGCAGUAUCCUGAACUCAGCAAUCCAGCAGGCAUGCCAGAAAAACGACCACCUCAACGUAAGACCAAGCUGCCCCUCUAAGCAGUCCAGCACAGAAAGCAUAACAGAGGAGUUCUAUAAGUACAUGCUGAGAGACAUUGCCAAAGAAAACAAAGAUGGCGCCCUGUCCAGACGAAGCAGCCAUGAUUGGAGCACGGGCUUGCUGUCUCCUUCCGCGCGAUCCCCACUGUGUUACAGGCAGUCAUCUAUGCCUGACAGCAGGUCCCCGUGCUCCAGGUUAACAGUAAAUGCACCUAUCAAAGCCAACUCCUUAGAUGGUUUUGCCCAAAACUGCCCUCAAGAUUCUAUAAAUGUACAGCCAGUCAGUAGGGCUUCCUCGUCUGGCCUCUGCAAAUCAGACUCCUGUUUAUAUCGCCGAAGUGGGACUGACCAGAUCACAAACAUGCUAAUUCAUGAAACAUGGGCCAGCUCCAUUGAGGCUCUCAUGAGAAAGAACAAAAUCAUUGCUGAUGACGGCGAGGCAGCUAACGCUAGCCCUGGUCCUGUUUCUGGCGGCUCGCCUUCGCAAGUAGAGAAGUGUGCCAACAGACUAGUCACCGGCACAGGACACAAGGGACCAGCUCUACUUGUACAGGAGUCUGUUGAUUACCAGAGAAAGGAUGCUGUCACUGAAGGCAAUUGUUCCCCAGUGUCAUCUCCAAGCAAAAUGGCUCCUGUUAAAAAGCCCAGUGGUUUUGAUCCUACAAGAGAAACCUCUGCAUGCCACAAUGCUGUUGCUCUCAAAAGCCCCAGGCGGUCUCUUUGCUCAAGGGAGGUGCCUUUGAUUCAGAUAGAGACCGAUCAGAAAGAAGAAUGCGUUGGAGAAUCUGAAACCUUACUUCCCCAAAGUGGCUCCCUAGAGGAAGCAGAAGGGCCCCAGCCUGAGGAAACCAUCCCAGAUGUGGCCAGAAGCGAAGACACAGCCCUGAGCGCCUGUCAAAGCUCUCAUGACAGCCUUGAGACCAGAGAAGAAUUAGAAGUGGAUGUCUUGAAAGAAGACAUAACCCUAGAUGAGUCCCGGAACCCUCCUAGCAGCAGCGAAGAGAGUACAGGCAGCUGGUCCCAGCUGGCCAAUGAGGAGGACAACCCAGAUGACACAAGUAGCUUUCUGCAGCUCAGUGAGCGGUCCAUGAGCAAUGGCAACACUAGUGGCACUAGCAGUCUUGGCAUUAUGGACCUGGACAUUUAUCAGGAAAGCAUACCGUCUUCUCCCAUGAUUAAUGAAUUAGUAGAAGAAAAGGAGAUUCUUAAAGAACAAUCAGAAAGCGUAAAGGAACGUGCCUCUGGACUGCCAGGGAGAGCAGCCAGCCCCCAGAGGAGUCUACUGGUGAUCAACUUUGACCUGGAGCCAGAGUGUCCUGAUGCUGAGCUGCGAGCCACUCUGCAGUGGAUAGCUGCCUCCGAGCUGGGCAUCCCAACAAUCUACUUUAAGAAAUCUCAGGAAAGCAGAAUUGAAAAGUUUCUAGAUGUUGUGAAGCUUGUUCAUCAGAAGUCCUGGAAGGUGGGAGAUAUAUUUCAUGCCGUUGUCCAGUACUGCAAAAUGCAUGCAGAGCAGAAAGAGGGAACUCCGAGUCUCUUUGACUGGCUCCUGGAACUAGGAUAAGUCAGGCAUACCCCUCAAAGAAUUUCCUUCCUCUAUCCCAGCUUUAGGUUACAGUGGUUUGCGCUAAAUGCUCUGAAAUUUUCUCAAUACACAGCAUCCCAUUAGCAGAACUAUUUAAAAAUCUGCUCCAGUACCAUGUACAAGGAGUGAAUCUGAAAGAAUGUGAAAUAUAGGUCUAUACUAAUCAAUAUCAUCAUGGGCGUGUCCAAAAGGGCUUGUAUGAGAAUGGUGUCAAAAAGAGAUACUUCAGUGUGGCCCAAACAGGAAAGUUUAUAACAAGCACAGACUCCAGGAAAGCUAUACCCACAUGUAUGUCCCAAUAGAGAAUGAGCUAUAAUGUCUCCAGCAAUAUGAGUCAAUAGAAACAAAGUCAUCGGGUUACAGGGAUUCUAUAAAUUAUGUUAACACUUUCCUUGUACUUUGCUUAGUGGGUAUAGGGGUUGUCCACCUAAGGAAAUACUUAGAAUAUAGUUGAAAGCUUCCAUGCCCUUUUGUGAAAGAUUUCCACUCUCAAACCAGUAUCAAUAGAUACUAGCACACAUGUAACAGUGCAAUCAAAGUUCAUAUGAGGUGAUUUUAUUUAUUUGCAGAGGCCAAUAAAUAUUGCACCUCUUCCCAAGUGUUCCUAAGCUCCUCAAAAAACUAAUGUCAUUCAGUUGGGAAAGGGGAGCUCAAGGUUGCCUUUUUCCAUCACUACAUUUAUUACUUGAGAAAAAUUAUUAUGGGAUUCUUGCCUAAAGGCAAGCUUUUAAAAAUAAACAGUAAAAUAAAUAAUAGCCUUUUGAGAGAAAAAAAUGUGCUUGUGUAUUGAAUUAUAUGAGAAAAACAUUUGUUUUAUUGUAAAUUAUGAAAAGACUAUCAAAACUAAAUAAUAUAUUGAGUUGUUUUAAAGCUUCAUAAACUAUGAAGAGAUUAUUGUCUUAACUUUUAGAGUGUCAUGAGCCGAUGGUGGUUAAUUGUACCAUGAGUGUGUUGACAUCUGUAUAAUGGACAUGUUUCUCCAAAGAUAUUUAUAAUGCUGGAUUCAGGGUACUGGCCUUGUGCUUGAAAAAGCCAGCUAGGAGUGCAGACUUUCUGGAUGGCUGGUAUUGACACUAAAUUAGAGAAAUAGAAGCCUUUAACACAUUUUUUUAAUUUAUAGCAGAGAUGCACUCUAUAAAAUUCAGUGUAUCUAUAUGACACUAAAAGUCUUCUUUCCCGUUCAACUCAUUAUGCUACAUUUGCUUUUAUUUUCUCAAUCAGAAAGAUGUUUAGUAUGUAUCUUCUGAAAUUCUAUGCUUUUACUCUAUUUUUAAAGCUUAUAGAAUAACUUUAAGUGUGAACCAGGCCCCACGCCAUCAUUGUCAACCUUGCUGGCCUAUCGACCACAUCCUAGAAGUAUAAGAAAUCUUCCUGGCAAGCCAUAACCUCCUUGCCCCAUGACAGAAAUCUUUUUCAGACCUCAUUGGACAAUUCAUCAUGCAGAUGGUCCCCAUGUAGGUGUGUGUUCAAUCUGACAAAUUAACCAGGCUCUGAAAUCUACUCAUCAUCUCCAACUGAACUGUUUGUGCUUCUUUGUGCUAAUACAUGGGAAAGAGAUUCUUAUUGUUUUAACAAUCCCAGAAUAUUGUGUGUAAACUCUUGUGCUCCAAUCAAUGUUUACUUAUCCUCCAAAGCACAAAUACUGGAUGUAAACAUGUGUUGUACCUAAUGUUACAAACUAAUCAAUAAAUUUCUGCUGCAA